AGCAAGAUAGACACAUAUGGAUUCCAACGCAGUGAGAGUUUUGACUAUACAACAUAUGAGGAAUUCAUGUCUGAUUAUCUUGCUGUUCUUGCCAGACGUGCGGGAAAAUGGCGGAACGUGAUCGACUACAAUUCAAAAGUCGACAGAAAUGCAAAAGUGAAACGGUAUUGCAGAAAGGGUAUUCCUGGUGAACAUAGAGCCAUGGUGUGGAUGUCAAUAAGUGGGGCUGAAGAACAAAUGGCUGGUAACCCAACCUUAUAUUCUACUCUACUUGAAGCCCCUCAGGAUCAAGAACUGGUAGAUACUAUAAAACAAGAUAUUCAUCGUACAUUCCCAGAUAACAUAUUCUUCGGGGACAUGUCAAAUCCACAAACAAUGAGACGACCCCUCCAGAAUGUUUUAAUAGCAUUUGCUCAUCAUAAUAAAGAUAUAGGUUAUUGCCAGGGACUGAAUUUUAUAACUGGCAUGCUCCUGUUAGUUGUGAAAGAUGAACACAAAGUGUUCUGGCUUCUACAUACUCUAGUCAACAAAUAUUUACCAGAUUAUUACAGCAAGGGACUUGAAGGGUUAAAGGUCGACCAAGAUGUUCUGGGGCAGCUAGUCAAAAUAAAAGCCCCAGAACUUUACAAACACAUGGAUGAGUUGGGUUUAAUGUGGUGUAUCGUUUCAACCAAAUGGUUUAUAUGCUGUUUUGCUGAUGUGCUUCCAAUAGAGACUGUAUUGCGGAUAUGGGACAGUUUAUUUUACGAAGGGUCAAAAAUAAUCUUCCGUGUGAGCAUCACACUGAUCCUACAUAACCAAUCAAAACUCAUGAAAUGCCGCCAUUUAGCAGAAAUACUCGAUACAUUCAAGGAAAUACCUAAAGACCCCUUAGCCACAAGAUGUCACGACUUUAUGCAGAGCAUAUUUAAAAUCCCAGGAUCGUUUCCCCAAGCACAGAUAAAAUCACUACGUAAGAGGUACAAAAAACAACAAGAAAAUGGAUAGAAGAAAGAAGAAAUAGAAAAGAAACAUCAACUUAGAUAUUAAAUACCAGUGAAGAACAGAAACGAUCAGAAAUGUUGUUAUAAAGUUUUCAUUAUGUCUCUGUAUGCUCUAGUUUUAGUACACGUACAUGUUUAUUCAGGUACUUUCACAGAGUGAAUUCCAUGUACCAGGUCGUUCAAUAAGUUCACGGAAAAAUGCUCUACCCAAAGGUCAGGUUAUCAUAAUU